AUGGCAUUGAGCUUGGCGAUACCAGUGCGAAGCACUGUACAAGCUCCCAGAGGGCUCCGAGGACAGCUGGCAAAGGGUGGGAAACCUCUCCCCGCCACGCUUCCAUGGCGAACCGUCGAUGUGUUUUGUGGCUGCGCUGCAGGCGUUUUGAGCGCAGUCACGCGACACCGCGGCUGCACACGGGCGGCAUUGCGCGAGGGUGACGUCGGAGAGCGUGGAGCAGAGGAGUUUUUUCCCAAGACCGAGUUCCAAGAGUCUGCCACAAGCGCAAAGAUUCCUUGCGAACCAGCGCUAAGAAUAGGCCAUGGGUAUGACAUCCACAGGAUGCUGCCCCGGGAUGAGCCCGAGGGCUGGGGCAAGUGCUCGCCACAGCCGGCCGUCAUCGGUGGGGUUACAUUUGAGGAAUUUCCGUUGGGGGUGGUCGCCCACUCGGACGGCGAUGUGGUAUACCAUUCGACGAUUGAUGCAAUAUUAGGUGCCCUGGGUCUACCGGACAUUGGGCAGCUGUUUCCGGAUAACGACCCGCGCUGGCGGGGCGCCAACUCCGAGCAGUUCUUUGACGAGGCAGUUCGGCUGAUGGGCCUGCGUGGAUAUCGGAUUGGCAAUGUCGAUGUGACAAUUAUCGCAGAGAAGCCCCGCCUGGCUGCACGAAAGGCAGACAUGAAAGACAACCUCGUCCGCAUUUGCGACACCAUCCCGGCAAGAGUCAAUCUCAAGGCGAGAACGCACGAGAAGAUGGACUCUGUCGGGGAGUGCCGUUGUGGAGCUUUGGACUUGCCCGGAAAGAAGCCGCUGUCCUUGACAUGUUUUGCAGAGGCUGGAAGCCAACGCAGCGGAAGGUUCGACAACAUGCGAGCUCCUGCUGCUCUCCUGGCUGGGGCCGUCGUCCCAAUUGGCUUCAUGGCAUCUCCCAAGAUCGCGGCAGACGACCCCGGAUGGCUUAAGCGGGUGAAGAGAAUGCAUUAUGUUAUUGCUUCGGUGGCCAUCUGCUGCCACUUGACAACCGUGGUGUGGUCAACCAUCACAGUGAACAAGAUCAACGAAAGAUCCCCACCUCCUGCCGGAAGCUUGAUGCAGCUUCUGAAGCAAUACUACGAACUACCGUGGAUAGGUUGCAAUGUGAACUUCAUCAUGGGCCUUCUGGCCUUUGCGUGCCUACUCGUGACCUUCUCACUCGCGUCAGUUUCCGCAGCUUCUUACAAUCUCGUAUGCAGGCCAGUGGCAUGCACCGUCGGUGCAGCCAUUUGCCUGAUGAUUUCGAUUGUGAACGACGGAGUGUCGCAAGGGGAUGGGGCAGCAGGCGGCUUGCGUUUCGGAUCCAACAUGUUGAUGCUCUUUGUGCGCUACGUUUCGCUGCUGGCAGCACAUGCCUUGAAGGGCCCAAAGCCGCUGCUGCUGUUGACAUUCGUUUUCGCAGGAGCAGCCAUCUACUUCGUGAUGAAAAUUCAAACUGCCAAAGACACUGUGACCGCCGCAAAGUGA